AUGAAUGCAUUAUUAAAAUUGUCAAAACUUAAACAAGUAAAGCAAAUGGCUUUGAGUAAAACAGUUGGAAUUCAGCCAAAAAGAGCCUUUGGUCUACGAAAUGAUGUUGCUGGGAAUGUACACUUCACACUUGGUGAUGAUUUGAUUUAUCCAGCUGCUGGCGUGCUAAUCAUUCAGAAUUAUUUGACAAACAAACAAAAAUAUUUGAGAUUGCCUGAGAAUGUUGAUCCAAAAAUUAUUGUCAUCAGUCCAAAUCGGAAAUUGGUAGCUGUCGCUGAAGUUAAUACCAUAAGUGGCAAAACAGCCAUCAAUGUCUAUGAGCUAGGAGAGAUGAAACGAGUCAAGUCACUCCAACUAGCACCAGAAUGUCCCGUUCAAGAAGUUGCAAAUAUGUGCUUUACGUGCGACUCAAAAGGCAUGGCUGUAUUAUCCAAAGAACCUGACGCAUUCAUCACAAUUUACACGUUUGAUAAAACAGACUCAAUGGUAACAGGACGAGCAUCAAAUGCAAAUUAUUCUGGUCGAGCAACACUUUUGCACUGUAAUCCAGGUGAUGCUUCCAUAGUAACGGUUGGUGGUGAAAAUAUGAUGAAAAUUAUGAAUAAAACUGAAAAGGGAUUUGGUCAAAUGGGAACAGUAAAAGGAGAGAAUAUUAAUGUCACAGCAUUAACUUGGCUCACAGCCGAAAUGAUCAUAGCCGGUUCUGCUGAAAUGGAUUUAUAUUUUGUGGAAGGAGGGGAAUUGAAAGCAAAAUACAGCACGCGAGAAUUAACCAUAAUUGAUUUAACGCAGGCAGACAACGACGAAGUAAGUGUAAAAUCAGAAUUGAGUGCGGUUGCACAGUUGCUUGCGAGAAAGACAUACCCAAUAAAGUGCCUGACAACAUUUCGGACUGGCUUUGCUUUUGCGACAAACAACAUGGCACACGUAUUUCAAAGAAUAACGCCCUACAAAUUUGUCAAGAAGACUUUACUGACAAUUCCAGUCACAUUAUUUGAUGAGUCACUGUAUGUGAUUAAGGAUAUUGCGGUGAAUGAACAAGAAGACACGAUUGUGGCUACAACUCAGCAUAGUCAAAUAUUUAUUGGAAAAUUGUUUGCACCUGAGACAAUUCAUGUGACACAAGUUGAGUUCAAGUUUCUUGGCGAACCUUUACACACCGACUCAAUUAUUGACUUAUCAGUUUGUUCAUGGAAGUCAAUUGCAAUGACUGCAUCUAAAGAUUACACUGUGAGAAUAUGGAAUUAUGAUACAAUGAAGGUUGAAUUACUGAAGAAAUUUCUGAUUGAUAUUCGAGUUAUUGCUCUUCAUCCCUCUGGCAUGUUAGCUGCAAUUGGAUUUAUCGACGUUUUACGACUCUUUCAAAUUCAAUUGAAGGACUUGAAGCUUGCAAAGUCAUUCAAUUAUUCCAUGUGCUCUGUUCUUAGAUUCUCUCAUCGUGGACAUUUUCUUGCAAUUGGAUGUGAAAAACUCAUUACAAUAAUUUCAGUCUUUACAUUUGAAACUGUCAUGACUCUAAAAGGACAUAAUCAAGUUUUAAGUCUUGAGUGGUCAACUGAUGAUAGAUAUUUGGUUUCAUCUGGAAAAGAGGGUUCAGUUUAUGAAUGGGAUACAGUAACAGGCGAACGAGUCAAUGAACUCGUUCAAAAAGGAACUUUAUAUAAAGCAAUUGCUGUUGCAUCCGAUCAGAGCUUUAUUGUGGGUGUUACACAGUCUGCAUAUUUGCGUGAAAUAAGCAAGUCACAAAUGACACGAGAAUUUCGUUCAACUGAUGAAUCUCCACUUACAACUCUCGCCUUUUCAAGAUCCGAUCAAGUAAUGUAUACCGCAAAUGAGCGUGGAUGUUUAUUUAAUAUUAAAAUGCCAUUUAUGGAGUCAGGUGGAGGUACAUUUACCAAUAAUCGAUUUUAUCAUAAAGCAAUCAAUCGCUUAUGCAUCACUCAUAAUGACAAAAUGCUAAUAAGUGCUGGCGAUGAUGGUACUUUAGUGUUUUGGACACUUACAAAUGUCGAGAGUCGUGCUGCUGAAGUUGACCCAGAUUUAGGGCGUGUUGAAGAUGUUUUAAUUCCACGAUCAGAACUCGUCGCUAAAGAAGAACAAAUAAAUCUAUUAAGAUUGAGAAUUGAUGAGCAAAUCGCUGAAUUUAGGUAUCAAGAGCAACAAGGCGAAACUGCUCAUUUUGAACUGAUGAGGGAUGUCCAUGAAAAAUAUUGUUCAGCACUUGAUGACUUGAAGAAACAAAAUGAUACAUUGAAGGCUAUUCAUAUCGAUCAAUUAAAUGAAUUAACGACUACAAUUAAGAAUGCAAACGAGAAGCAUCAAAGAGAACUUGAGGAAUUGGAAGCAAGUUUCAAUGAUAAAAUAAUUGUGGAAUAUGAGAAGCAAAAAUCAUUACAAGCAAGGAUUGAACAUAUCAUUGAAGAAUAUGAGGACAAAUUGAGGAAGUCUGUAGCUUGUACACAAGAUUCUAUUGAGAAAUUGGAGAAAAACUUCAGAAAACAACUUGAUGAAUGUCAAGAGAACAUUGAACGUUUAUUAAAGGAAAUGAAGGACAAAGAGAAGGAGUUUGAAGAGUAUUGUCGUCAAGUAGAGAUAGAUCAUGAUCGCAACAUGGUCGAAUCUCAAUUGAGUUACGAAAAGCGUUUGAAGGAUAGCGACGAAGUAAUUGGUCGUUGGCGAGGCGACGCUGGCGUAUUGAAGAAGAAAAAUUCAACAAUCAGUAAAGAAUGUGAUGAACAACGUAAGGAAAUAGAACUGCUUAAUUCACAACAAGAGAGAUUUCAAGAAAUGAUUAAGCAUAAUGAGAAGGAAAUUGAUGAUUUGAAAAGAGAUCUUCAUAAUCGUGAUACAGUCAUUAAAGGCAAAGAUAAAAUGCUUAGUGAUUUAAAUAGACGCACGCAAGAGCUCGAGAAAUUUAAGCAAGCAUUAUCGCAUAAAAUGAAUGAAUUAAAAAUGGAAAUUGAGCCACGCGAGGCAGAGAUUCGUGAAAAAAAGGAACGAAUUUUCGAAAUGGAACGAGAAUUAAAGACACUCCAACAAACACACUUACAUGCUGGUUUGAAGCUAUCGGAAUUGAAAGAUAAAUAUUAUGGAGCCGAAAAGGAGCUAACAAUUGAACGUGUAAGAGCAAAGAAUGCUAGGAAGCACUUAAUGAGAGUCUGUGCUGAUAUUUAUGAAGUGUCAAGCUACAUCCAACAUCCAAAUAAAUUGAAAGAAGAGGUUCUGAAAUUAUUCCAUCGAUAUUCAAACAAUAGUGAGCUUCAAAAAUCACUUACUCUCGAUUUGGAUGUCCAAAGUGAAUUCUAUCGACAGAGGGAUUACUUUGAGAAAAUCAUAGUCAAUUCACAAGCUAAACGAUCGAAAAAGAAGACAGAAUUCGAUAGUGUUAAAUUGCUUAAAGAGAAUGUGUCAUUAAUCACUGAGCUUAAUCGAUUACGACAAGAGCAUCGUGAAGUACAGAGAGAAAAUGUAGAAAUGCAAUCUGUCCUUGGAAUAUCGCCACGUUUAAUGUUGCCGAGUAUUGCAAAGAAGAAGCUCGAAAAAGCUGUUUUGGACAAGGAGCAAAUUGAGAAAAUGUUUAAAAAUAAAAUUGAAAAGUUGGAAGAGGAAGUAAAGAUUCUUAUUGACGAGAAUCAAAAUUUAAGACUUCAAAUUGCAAAAUGAGUGAAAUAAAAUAGACUUUUGUACGCACAAAUAAGCUUUUGAUUUUCCAGAGAGAGUUUUUAACGAAG